AUUAUCCAAAUAAAUCCGAAUUUGGCAGGACCGAAAGUAUAUUCUACGCUCGAAUGAUCGAUGAUUGACGCUUACAUUCGAUUGCAAAUCAAUCACCGUAGCAACAGCUGUACUGUGCCGUACCAGGGAUCGGCAUGGGGUCAUCACUGUGGCCCCCUAAAGUGACGAUGGAGCUUCAUCUCCGAAACCGAGAGAAGCUUCUCACAUCGCUUCGCCAACACCUUUCUCUCUCUUCUCGUCCGCUUCAUGGCUUCGUCCUCCUGCAGGGUGGCGAAGAGCAAAUUCGUCACGACACUGACCACAUCGAACUCUUCAGGCAGGAGAGUUACUUUGCUUACUUGUUUGGAGUUAACGAGCCUGGAUUUUAUGGAGCUAUUGACCUUGGAACUGGGGAUUCUAUCCUAUUUGCUCCUAGGUUACCUGCUGAGUAUGCUGUGUGGUUGGGGGAGAUAAAGUCUCUCUUCUAUUAUAAGGAACACUAUAUGGUUAGCACCGCAUGCUUUAUAGAUGAAAUUGCAAGUGUUUUGCAACAACGUUACUUGGGUUUGGGCAAACCUUUACUGUUUCUCCUGCAUGGCCUUAAUACAGAUAGCAAUAAUUUCUCUAGACCAGCAGAGUUUCAGGGCAUCGAUAAGUUUGAUAAGGAUUUGACAACUUUGCAUCCUAUAUUGACUGAAUGCCGUGUCAUCAAGUCAGACCUGGAGAUUGCUCUUAUUCAGUAUGCCAAUGAUAUAAGCUCUGAAGCUCAUGUUGAGGUUAUGCGAAAAACUAAGGUGGGCAUGAAGGAGUAUCAGCUUGAAAGCACUUUUCUUCACCACACCUAUAUGUAUGGUGGAUGUCGGCAUUGCUCCUAUACAUGUAUUUGCGCUACUGGUGAAAAUAGUGCUGUUCUUCAUUACGGGCAUGCAGCUGCUCCUAAUGACAAGACUUUGGAAGAUGGAGACAUGGCACUGUUUGAUAUGGGAGCCGAGUACCAUUUCUAUGGGUCUGACAUAACUUGUUCUUUCCCUGUAAAUGGAAAGUUUACAAUUGAUCAAUCUUUUAUAUAUAGUGCUGUGCUUGAUGCUCAUAAUGCAGUUAUAUCUGCAAUGAAACCUGGAGUAAACUGGGUUGAUAUGCACAUAUUAGCAGAAAAAGUGAUUCUGGAGUCACUAAAGAAGGGACACGUAAUUUUGGGUGAUGUUGAUGACAUGAUGGCUGAUCGCUUGGGUGCUGUUUUUAUGCCACAUGGUUUGGGGCAUUUCCUUGGUAUUGACACACAUGACCCUGGAGGCUACCUAAAGGACCUUGAAAGAAGAAAGGAACCUGGAUUAAAAGCUUUGCGGACAAUCAGAGAUCUCCGGGAAGGAAUGGUUAUCACUGUGGAGCCUGGAUGCUACUUUAUUGAUGCUUUGUUACUUCCUGCAAUGAAUAGUCCAGAAACUUCCAGCUUGUUACUGCCGCUGGGUGCUACAACAUGACCAAGUGUCCCAGAGAAAUAUGGGAGAUAGAGGCAGUGAUGGCAGGGGCACCAUGGCCAGCUAAGAAGAUCUCUGCUCAUGUUUGAAACGGACAAGAAAGCUUAGUUUGACUUCAAUCGUUCUUGAUAUGAACAGUUCUGCGUCUUUUUGUAACUGUUUUUAAUUUAUAUUAGAAAAUAAGCCGCCCACCCCAUCCCUAUAAGCAUUUUAUUGCAAAGCUUAUCUGUAGUUACGCUGUACUUGACAAAUGUUUCUACCAUGUUGAGGUGGAAGUUCUCAGUUAAAUUAGAAGUGCUUCAAUCAUGAGAUUGCUUCUAGUCAGCCUAUCAAUCAAAUAUGGAUCCUUUAUUUUCUCGAGUAUUUAGUGUACGUCCACCCUUAAACAUGACGUAUAUAGUAGG